AUGGCCGAACCCAGGCCCGAGCCCUCGGAAGGGGUCUCGGAGGAGAGGACGGAGCCUUUUUCGCAAUCAGAGAUUGAUGCCCGAUACAACCGCAUCCGCGUCGAGGAGCCAGGCAGCCUCCCCGACAGCGAGGUCGUCCCGCUCGACGUCUUGCAGGUCGAGGACUGCCACCACCGCCAGGGCAUCCGCAUCCUCGUGCGACCUCUUACCCGCCUGCCCAACACCCGCUCCGUCAGUCCCGGGAGCGACAACUGCCAGUGGCUCGCCCUCCGCGCCGAGGUCGCGUCGUCUGAGCAGCCCGAGCACAAGGUUCUGGCUGUGACUCAGACCUCCAAAGAUAUCAAGUUUUCCGUCAGGAUCCCCGGCGAGUCUCAGGACGAGUCUUCGCGCCCGCCGCUGUGGUGCGAGCUAUACUAUGAUCCGGCCAGUGACAAGGUCGUCUUCCUCAACAAAUCCGACGUCCCCAUUACGCUGUCAAGGAUAUCCCAGACGCCGCUGGCCAGCCCGCCCUCCAAUGAGAGCCAUGUCGUCAACCCAGGUCUCGCCAGGAGCCUCAGGCCAGGGACCUGGAGGAUGAAGGCCAGAGACAUUGCCGUCUUGGACUUUAGGGUUCUGGAGAAGCGCCCCGUUACGCUCUACCAGCCCCAACCGACACUGCUAGAAGACUCGGCGUCGCAAGGCGCAAGCUUUAGUCAGAGCAACACCAGCGGUAAGCGGUCUCUUACGCCCGACGAGGACGGCAAGAGGGUUAAGCGUCGCAUCUCCGAUGCCGACAAGGCCGACGACGGUGUCAUCAUGUUCCUCAGCCCGUCCGCCGAGCCGCUCGUGUUCCCGCUGCCAAAGGGUCGCGAGACCAAGGAGCUGUCGGCCGCCACUGCCCACGCGUUAUUGGAUGCCGAGCAGGGAGACACCAUUCUCGUCCCUGGAGUGUGUGAAGUCGACGCGUACCAGCUCACCAAGAGGGACCCCAUCGCGUCGACGGCCCUGUCUGCCGUGUACAAGGCCACGCACUCGCAUGUCCCGGACAAUAUUGUCACGGUCAAGGUCCUCAAGACGCGCACCGCCAACGCGAACGAUAAGAAUCUCGCUCAUGAGCGGAACGUCAUUCGUCAAGCCGACAUGUGGCUGCGCGAGUGCCAGAGCCAGGAGGACCUGAAGCACGACUCCAUCGUGCGCUACUACGGAGGUGACGCGCGGUUCCUGUCCCUAUACAUGGAGCACGUGCCGGCACCGGAUCUGGCAUCGUCGAGCCGGUGGAGGAACAGGUCGGACGAGUUCGUCGGUGGCCGCGACGACGCGGUGCGCAUCCUGCGCGACGUUGCCGGCGCCCUCAACUACGUGCACGGACGGAGGCUGGUUCAUAACGACAUCAAACCCGCCAAUAUUCUGUACUCUCCCGAGCGAGGCGCUGUGCUGUGCGACUUUGGCCUGUCGACGCUCGCUGCCAACUCCCCAACAACAGGCGGCACACCAUACUAUGUCCCACCCGAGUUCAUCGGCAAGAAGCUCCGUGGCCCUCCAUCGGAUGUCUGGGCACUGGGCAUCACGAUGCUCUAUGUGAUGCGCAAGAUCCCGUUUCCAGACAGCCGAGCAAGGCGGCAUCACCCAAAGCCACUGUAUUGGCAGAUUGGCGGCAUCAACAACCCGGGCCUGCCAUACAAGCAGCACGGGAACGGACAACCCGCCGUUGCCCAGAUGCGCGACUGGCUGACGGAGAUUUUUGAGGCGCGCGAGAGGUUGAGCAUGCGCGAUCGGCUGGAGCGCUUGAUCAAGGACAUGCUGACACCGAACCCCAUCCAACGCAUCAGCAUGGCCAAGGUGCUGCAGGAGAUGACCGCAGACCAGUUCACGGAUGUGCGAUGA